UGUGAUAACCUGUCUGUAUGUUGUGAAAAAAUUUCCAUUGUGUGUGGAAUACUAACCUAUAUUAACAUUCUCAAUUUUAUUUGUAAAUGUUUCAAAAAUUUUGAUUAAACUUUUUAUAUACUAUUUCAACGCUAAUUUACUUUGUUUAGUAAUUUAAAAACCACCAAAUCAUGGCUAAAAUUCUCUUGCAUGUUUUUUAAUGAUUUAAAACGUUAAAAAUGAAGAUAACAUAAACCAAUAACCAAAACAAGUGAAUUUCUUUUAUAUUUCAGUGUUUUAUCACAUAAUCCAAAAUGGGUCAAACACUGGGUGAGCCAGUUACAGCUAAGAAAUCGUCCUGCUGUCAAAACUGCGAUUACAAAGUGGGAUCAAGUUGUAUGCAGGGAUGGAGAAUAAAUAUGGAGGAUUCGCACACACAUAUUCUUUCCUGUCCAGAUGAUCCUCAGUGUGCAUACUUUGGAGUAUUUGAUGGACAUGGAGGAAGUACAAUAGCUCAAUACGCGGGAACAAAUUUGCACAAAUAUAUCAUGGAUCGACCGGAAUAUAGAGAGGGAAAUAUGGAAGAGGCGUUAAAACAGGGUUUUCUAGAUUUGGAUGCAGCAAUGCGCCAAGAUGACUUGCUCAAGGAUCUGAUGGCAGGAAGUACCGCCAUUUGUGUUCUCAUCAAAAACAACACUCUUUAUUGUGCAAACGUGGGCGACUCGCGAGCAGUGGCGAGUGUUCGCGGCGAGACAGUGGCGCUAUCCUACGACCACAAACCGAACAACGAGGACGAACUGCGUCGCAUUACGGCGGCCGGCGGUUGGGUGGAGUACAACCGAGUCAAGGGCAACCUCGCCCUCUCCAGGGCACUCGGGGACUUUGUCUUCAAGAAGAACAAACAGAAAAGACCCGAGGAGCAGAUUGUCUCAGCACUGCCGGAUGUGAAAAUACACACACUGACACCAGACUGGGAGUUCGUAGUGAUCGCCUGUGAUGGCAUCUGGGAUGUCAUGUGCAAUGAGGAAGUGACCCAGUUUGUGCGCAUGCGCAUAGCGCACGGCAUGGAGCCGGAGGACAUCUGCGAGGAGCUGAUGACGCGGUGCCUGGCGCCCGACGGCCAGAUGGGCGGACUCGGCUGUGACAACAUGACCGUGGUCAUUGUGUGUCUCCUGCAUGGCCAGCCCUACGCCAAACUGGCCACCAAGUGUCAGCUCAAGCCGCCAAACACUUCAGGGCCCAACUUGCUUGAUCCCAACUUGCUUGAUCCUAACAGAUUUCCUGAUCUGUAAUCCAAGUGACCCAAACUUGUUGAUAGGUUGGUGACAAUUGACCCAAAUUAAUGUGUAACAAGUGACCCAAAUUAAUAUGUUUCUGAUUUUUAAUAGGUUGAUUUCAACCUACAAUAUUUAUUGUCAUCUCUCGAAAAAGGAUCAGUCAUGAAACACAAGUCUGUUUGUGAAUCAAUUUUUUUGUAAUAGGUUGAUUUCAAUCUACAAUAUUGAUUGUCAUUUCUCGAAAAAGGAUCAGUCAUGAACACAAGUCUGUUUGUGAAUCAAAUUGUUUGUAAUAGGUUGAUUUCAAUCAACAAUAUUGAUGGUCAUUUCUUGAAAAAGGAUCAGUCAUGAAACACAAGUCUGUUUGUGAAUCAAAUUGUUUGUAAUAGGUUGAUUUCAAUCUACAAUAUUGAUUGUCAUUUCACGAAAAAGGAUCAAUCAUGAAACACAAAUCUGUUUGUGACUGAAAUUGUUUGUAAUGGGUUGAUUUCAAUCUACAAUAUUGAUUGUCAUUUCUCGAAAAAGGAUCAGUCAUGAAACACAAGUCUGUUUGUGACUCAAAUUGUUUGUAAUAGGUUGAUUUCAAUCUACAAUAUUGAUUGUCAUUUCACGAAAAAGGAUCAGUCAUGAAACACAAGUCUGUUUGUGAAUCAAAUUGUUUGUAAUAGGUUGAUUUCAAUCUACAAUAUUUAUUGUCAUUUCUCGAAAAAGGAUCAGUCAUGAAAUACAAGUCUGUUUUUGAAUCAAAUUGUUUGUAAUAGGUUGAUUUCAAUCUACAAUAUUGAUGGUCAUUUCUCGAAAAAGGAUCAGUCAUGAAACACAAGUCUGUUUGUAACACAAAUUGUUUGUAAUUUGUUAAUUUCAAUCUAUAAUAUUGAUUGUCAUUUCUCGAAGAAGGAUCAGUCAUGAAACACAAGUCUGCUUGUGACUCAAAUUGUUAAGUUUCCAAAAUUUUAAUCAGUUGGUUUCAACUUACAAGUGACCCAAAUUUUUUUAUCUACGAGUGACCCUAAUUAAUGUGGUCUUUCGUAAAUCCACACUUAUCAAACUCAAGCCCGUUUUUGUUACCUAAAUUAAUGUGUAACUUGAUUUAAAAUAAGUUGGUUUACACCUUUGAGAGAUCCAAAUUAAAUUGAUUUAAAAAUUGAAGAGGUUAUAGAAUAUUGAAUUCUACAUAAAAAUCCUCUUUGUAAAUAUUGCAGCUGGCUGUUUUCUCAUUGUAUGCAUUUAUUUAAUAGAAAUUGUGUAUUCAAUGUGGCGCGAUUAAAUUAUUUUAUAAUUAACUGAAAUUAUCGAUUGAGCUGUUAUCAGAAAUCACUUCCCGAUUUGUAAUGUUGUUCAACUUUUUUUCUUUGAAAAAUCCUGUAUUUUAAUUGUUAAAUUGUUCUAUUAGUAUUCAUUACUAGAAACUGUUCAGUAGCUCAAACUUUGGACAUUGUUCAAAGCAAUCUAUCAUCAGUUAUCCAUCUUGAGUAUAAUGGAAAUUGUUAUAUUCUUCUAUCAUGCUGACUGUAAAUAUUGGUAGAUACAAAAUAAUAUUUGUAAGAUCUGUAGAUUUGUUAAGAUUUUGCUUUUGAUAGAAAUUGAUGUUG